AUGCUCAUUUCCCAACACGCGGUCCAUGUUCAAGCGCUGCGAGACUUAUACAAGCGUUGUGUGCGUCGCGAAGGAUUCCCAGGCUUGCCCCUCCAAGAAUCGAUUCAGGGGUGUCCAGGCACACACGCAAUCCUGGACCGUCUAGGCCUCAUCAAACACGCAGAAGAGGCCGUCGAAAACCCGCAAAGAGUUCUGGAAGAUCUAGUCAAUUUCAUAAAAUGUCUAGAUUCAGCUUCCGAUUGCGGUCUGGACUCGGCUGAAUCAACAACAGAUAGUAUAAGUGACACUACUGUGUCGGAGGAACUGUCGCCAGAACCAAAUACGCCCAGGGAGUCCCCUGAUUUAGCUGUUGCGUCUACUGCUGGCACUUGGAUGACUGCAGUGUCGGAUGAAACGUAUUUGUGCCACACAUAUCGCGAGUAUAAGCCAAUGAAUCCGCGAGAUAUUGACAUGGCCCUAUCAGGGGCUACAGACGAUGCAUGGGCUAUUAGGACCGACGGGUACGCAGAAGUACCUUGGAACUACUGCCAAUCUCAAGGGCGGUACGUACCAGUAGGUAUAGAUACAACCUCGUACUCGCGGACCGAAGUUCUUGAUAUACCACCAUCAGCAGCAGCAUCGUCGUCGACGUGGUCGGAAAUAGCACACCAUCCAUCUGCGACUUUUAUGCCAAUGACCUCGCGAGGAAGUAUGUCCGAGUCAUUGGGGUAUAUGACUGGACAAUCCGGGUUUCCUGAUGGAUAUUUCGAUGCACAAGCGCAAACCUUUGCGACUGGUCUAGUUCAGCGUCAACAUCUGCUGAAGCAACAGCACCAGCGUCAACUUCGGCAUUCGAUAGAUUAUGGUCUUUUGAACUCUGGAGGGCAAUACGAUUAUUUCUAG